AUGAGCGAGGUGAAACAAUUGUUGAGCUCACUUUUGUGGGACAUUUACGGCAAGCAACAGAGAGAACAACAUUCAAGGCGGUUCAGCAAGUAUAGCGGUAAAUUUAGCAAAGACGAUCCGGACAUGUUCGACUUCAGUUCGUUGAAAUUCGCUAGCUGCGCUCAGGACUUGGAGCAUUUUAGUGUACGUAAGCUCAUUGAUAUUUCGGCCAUUUUAAAAGUCGAAAUACGUUUGAUGGGUCAUUUCUUGGAACGUGUGCUAAUCUCACGUGAGCGCAAUCGAAGGCAUCAGGACGCUUUGUGUGGCUUCGUAGACGCAUUGCUCUAUGUACGAUACCACAAUGUUCAUCCAAAAAUGCGAUUCAGUCUCUCACCACCACCAUCAUCCAAGUCCGCUUCCGUCAUAACAUCGCCCACCAACAUGCAGGCCAAUUACGCACAAAGCAAUUACAAUGAACCACGUGCUUCCGGCGUUGGCGCCCGAAGUGACGAUGAUAUCUCGCCCGCCAAAGCCACGCCAGCAGCAGCAGCAGCAGUCGCUGCAGCGCCAGCUAAGCGCGAUGUAGACGAUGAGGCGGCAUCCGACUACAAUCAAUGGUUGCAUGCCAUGAAGCUGGUGGCGCGCUUGCCAGGCGGCAUGCCACCGGAAUUUAGACGCAAGUUGUGGCUAUCGUUGGCAGAUAAAUAUUUGAAAUCGAAGAAUGUAGACUGGGCCAAAGAGGAGGAGAAAUGUUUCUGUGAGAAGUGGCGCGAAGAUGACGAAGAGCUGGGCAUACAAAUUGUCAAGGAUUUGCACCGUACCGGCUCGAAUCUGUGUACCGGUCCGGCCGGUUCGAUCAAUCAGGCCAAAUUGAAGCGUAUACUUUUGGGUUAUGCGCGUUACAAUCCGGAAGUUGGUUACUGUCAGGGUUUCAAUAUGCUUGGCGCGCUGAUAUUGCAAGUCAUGGAGAAGGAGGAAGCCGAGUCCAUGAAGGUGAUGAUCUAUUUGGUUGAAGGCGUGUUACCACCUGGCUAUUUUCAUGGUUCCAUGGGUGGCUUACAGGCCGAUAUGGCGGUAUUUCGCGAGCUGAUGCAGACGAAAUUACCGCGUCUGGCAAAACAUUUGCAAAAGCUACAGGGUCCGAGUGAAAACGCCUUCGAGCCGCCACUAACGAAUGUUUUUACUAUGCAAUGGUUUCUAACGAUGUUCUGCACCUGCUUGCCAAUGAGCUGUGUGCUCCGUGUCUGGGAUCUUGUGCUCAUCGAAGGUAGUGACGUGCUGCUACGCACAGCGCUGGUACUAUGGAGCCUGUUAGAAGAUCGCGUGCUGAGUACACGCACAGCUGAUGACUUUUAUGGCAAAAUGGGUUCCUUCUCGAGCGAGUUGCUUAAUGGACAUCUGAUUGACUCGAAUGGUUUGAUUGAGAAGGUGGUGCAGCUUGGUCCGAUACCGGAUAUACAGAAAUUGCGCGACAAACACCUUUACAACAUAACUCCGCUGCACCACAAGCAAGGAUUACAAUUCUAUUACGAUGACGAAGAGCCCGGCUCGGAUGAAGAAUCACGUCUGGCUGUCGCCACUGUUUGGGGUAUGCCUUGGGGUCGUCGCGGAUCUCAAGGACAAACUGCUAACGCUACCAAGCAAGUAACCGAGAAUAAAGAGCGUCUGGCUUUAGAUAUUUCACUGCUGAAAAAGCAAUACGAUCGUCUGCGCGAACGCCAACGUCAAGCACACAUUAUUUUAACCACCGCCUGUUCCACAGCCCGCCAGAGCGCUAUCGCCACAACUUCCACACAAUCCAACCAGUCCGUCACUAUGAAUCAAUUACUUUUAGGUCGCCCUGCCAUCGUCACGAACAAAGGUAGACGUCCUCCGCCAGGCGCUAUACCACCCGCGCGUAAGCCAUCGCUGCCCACAGUGCUGCACUCAAGACCACCAGAGCGGCAAUUGCGUCGUGGUGAGACUUUACACUGGCGUGAUGCCGAUAUAAGUAAACGUCGCAGAGACAGUCUAACAUGGAAAGAGAUUAAGGCGGAUCGUGCUACAUUGUUGCGUGAUGGUGUGGAAGCGGUACCAAAGUCACAAAAACUUCGUUCGCGUAUCGGCAAAAGCGACUCAUCGUCGUACAGUGAAGAAAGUGAGGAUGACGACGAAGAAGGCGGCUCGAGUACUGAUACAAGUCUUUGCGAUGAGGAUGAUCCCAAUUCGGGCGCUGAUAAAACACAUUCCUCUUCAAUAGAGAAUAGUCCCAAACGUAGAGCGAAAUCAUCCCGUAAAGCCAAAGAACUCUCCACGAAGCUAGAAGCCCUAAAUGAACCCAGUGAUAGUGAGAAAGAACGUAAACGUCCUAAGUCUUGGGCACCUUCUUCAACUGAGAUUCCUUUCAUGCUUAUGACAUCAGAUUCUCCGACAUACAGUGGUGAUGAGCAAAAAACAGCACGUUCACAUCAUUUCGAAGAAUUGAUAAAGGAGGAGGAAGAUAGCUCGACGGAAUGCGAUCGCCUCGGUUAUAAAGGUGCAACUGCGUCAGUGGAUUGGUCUGACACUAAGUUCUCAUCUAUCGCUGGCGAUUUGGCUACUACGAAGCUGGGUGCAUUACAAAUUCAAACAGAUGUCUUAGAGCUUCCUGUGAUAACAAGCACAAGUCAGCUUUCUCCGAUGCCAGAUAUAGCUGCCUAUCUCAACGGUUCCAAUAUUAGUCCGUUGCCAACACCGAAACCACUCUUCCUCGACUCAACCAACUCCCUAGGUAGUGGUGAUGAUGGCGAGGAGGGUAAAAGAUUUGCUGUCAGCGAUGAUGGUGUGACAAAUCAGUAUUUCGAACGUGUCAAUAGUGUAGAAAGACCCACAAAAUUAGACUUGUUUUAUUCGCUCAACGAAGAAGAUGGCAUACGUCGAGAUGUUGAAGAAGUUACUGACCUAGUAGAGGUUGAGAAAAGUGAUAGAACGGCAGAUACAAAUACAAAAGUUGUCUGUGAAAAGAGUGGUGCCGACGAUGGUAUCAAAGGACUAGAAGCCACGAAUGAGGACUCGCACAGACGCAUGGAACUAUUAAUGGAUUACUCUGAAAAAUCGUCAGCAGCUUUUAUCGCUGAGGCGACUACUGAGCUAUCCACAUGUUUAAGACAAGACACAAAUAAGGAUUCCCACGAAACAGCUGAUUUUCGCAACACAAUUCACGGGAAAGUAGAGAGUGAUGGAAUAUCUAGAGACACAAUUAGAGAUGACAAUAUACCUGGCAAAGCAGCUGCACAAUUUGAAGAACACUCUGCAAAAGUUGGCGAACGCAAGGUAUAUGAAGACAAGGUGAAAGCAGUAGGUCCUAAGAAAUCAAAUAUACUGAGCAGCGCUUAUAGAAAACGACGUGAUCCCAGACGUAUGACGUUAACACGCUCUGCAACUAUCGAAAUUGAGGAGCGCUUUCAGGCACUGGAACGCAGAAUGAGUGAAGAUAGUUUUCGAACAGACAAAAUGAAGACUAACGGUGAGAAUAUGUUCGUUGAAGAUAGCGCAAGAAAAAUUCCAACAUCAGCUGAGUUGGACAAAAGGUUGAACACACUGGAGAAUGACGCGAAAGUUAAGAAAAGGUUUGCAGAAAGUAGCGAAUUUAGAGAUUUGGCUAAACACAAAUCCACAGAACUAACGAACAGCCCUUUUACAGAAUCAAAACACGUAGAAGAUUCAAGCAAAAACUUGAAUGAAAAUUCCAAAAGAGAAGAUUUAGAAGUUAAGGCCCUCGAUACCGAUAUUAGUAAUCGUAUACCUGUUAUAGUAAACUUUCAGAAAACACCUGAAGAUACAUUGCCCAAACGAGCCAGCAAUCACAUACCUUCAACCACAGAACUGGAAGAUCGCUAUAAUGCUUUGGAGAGACAGUUAAGCUCGAAUGGUUUGCCAAGCAAAAGUUCAAUGGAUUUGCGACGAGAUGAUAAAGCAGACAGCAGUAAGGAUAUACCAACUCCACCCAAUACGCCAACUGAAAGUAGGAAACAACAUUCAGAGAAAGGUGAGAAUCAAAAGAAACUGAAAAAUGAAAUUGAGACAGAUGCAGACUUGGACAAAGAACAAGAAACUGGGGAAACCGAAAAACCACCGUUAAGGAAAUUGCCGUCUACUGCCGAACUGGAAGACCGAUUUAAUGCGCUUGAACGAAGAAUGAGUACACAAAAGUCAAGUCCCCGCAAAACAAAAAAGGAGCCACCUGACGAAGCCGACGUUGAAGAAAGAAAGGGCACAAAAAAGAAACCAAAAGAUGAAGAUAGCGAAGUUGAAAGUGCAAUUAAAGAAAAAACAAAAAUUCCUAGUGAUGAAGAUAUAAGAACAGAAGAAGUUAAAGAGAACGUGCACUUAGCCGAACAAGUUGAAUUAGAGACGAAGAAAGGUACAACUGAAGGUACAACUGAAGAAGAUGCAAAAUUAAAUGCGCAGAGUGAAGAAGAGAAUAAACUUGAAAAAGAAAAUGUAAAACGUACGAUGGAUAAUGAGGCAAAGUGCUCAGGGAAACAUUCCGAAGAAAAAGAUAAAGAAGCCAGGGAUUUAGAACGUUCGGGCCACAGUGACAAUUGUCAACUAGACACUAGAACUACCGCUGAAGCUACAAAACCAGAAAUCGAUACAAAAAAGGUAAUAGACACUAAUAAAUUAGAAAACCAAUCAAACGAACGCGAGGGUGAAAAUAGUAAGGCGGUAGUAGAAAGCAAAGGCGAAGCAAAAAAUGCGGGGAAAAAAUCGCCGCCCAGUACAGAAGAGCUUGAGAAGCGCUUUAAAGCUUUGGAAAAGCAAAUGAGUAGCGCCAGCUUGGUGAGUAGCAAAGAAAAGAAAAGCUCAACAGAUAGUACAAAGACGCAGGAAAAUAGGAACAAAGAUAGUUCACACAAAUCUGCGAACACUGUCCAAGAAAAGAAAAGCUCAACGUCAACUGAAACAUGUCAGACAAAGUCUGAGGUAAAAGAAAGUCCACCAAAAGCAGAAAAGAUUGUGGAAAAGUCUAACAAAGAAUUAGAAUUGUCAACAGAAUCCGAAAAAGCAAAGUCGAAGAAUAUCGAGAAGAAAAAAACUGCAACACAGUCCAAAGAACCGAAGGCACAAAUUCAAUUAGGACAAAACAAAGAUAUACCAAAUUCCGAACGGACAAGAGAUGUUAACGCAAUAAAAAACUUUGAGGAAAAGUGUAAGCAAGUCAACAUAGAGUUAGCUAAGCAGGAUGGGGCAGACAUCGAAGACACACAAAACAAAGUAAAGACACCAGAUCCUAAGCUAAUUGAGGUCUUUAAGGAAAAGUGUAAGGAGGUCAACGAAGAACUAACGAAAACUGCUGAAAGGAUAGAAGUCCAGGUAGAAACUGGGGAAAGUAGCAAAACUCUUAAUGUGAAAAGUAAACGUCGCGCCUCUGAACCGCCAUCUACAGAAGACUUAGAAAAACGUUACGAAUCCUUAAAAAGGCGAAUGAGCACCAAAUCGGUAGCUGAAAAAGAGCACGACGUAAAAGUAAAAUCUGAAACAGUUGUAGAGGAAGAGUCCCACGAAUCACCAGAAGUAAGAGUUGUCACCAAGGAGGCGAAGAGGAAGCCUUCGGAACCGCCAAGCACUGAAGAUUUGGAAAGUCGAUACGAGGCAUUACAACGGCGAACAAGUGAGCAAAACGCACAAAAAGUCGAAAAGAGACACGAAACAGGGAAACGAGAAGAGAAAGCAACAAAUGAAAAGACAACGAAAACUACGAAUAAAGAGAAACUGACAAAUGCACAAGAUGAUGAACAAAAAACCGCAGUAGUAGACACAAAGGUGGCCUCUAACAUACCCAUUGCGCCACCUAUGCCAUUAAAAGAUUCAGCAGAAACACCAUUCAAUGACGAACAACACCGCGCGCUCAUAGAGGAGUUCCAGAGUAAAAUUAAGGUACAGCCCAAUGGUGACAAUCUAAAACCGAGCGACAUUAAUCCAAAUCGCCGAAUAAUACCAGAACGACAACGAGCAUCGCCGUUCGAUGGAACCUCGGAAGCACAUGCAAACACCGCUUUCUUUAGAUCGGAGAAUUACGAACCCUGGUACCAUCAAUCAUACAAAAUGGUUCGUCGUUUCUCCGAUUUACCAUCAAGAGCUGAUCUUGAGAAUCGUUUACAAUUUUUGGAAAGACAAUUGAUUAUGAAAUUCUACAAGCAGCGCUGUGCAAGUGAUUCCGAAGUGGCAUCGAGGAAACAAUUUGCCGAUUUGAAGAGUCAGUCCGCAGACGACGAAGUACCCACCACAUCCACACGUGCUCAACAGCAAACAGCCGAUGAUUUGGAGAGGCGUGUUUUAGCACUGGAAAAGCAGUAUAGUGAAAAUAGCCUCAAAUUGCUAGAAGCUGUGCGAAUAAAGGAACAGCAAGCAGCUGUGGAGACAGACUCACCACGGCGACUCAGCACAGAGACUGUUGAUGCGACCGGUAAAGAACUCGUGCGCUAUGUCGGCGAACUCGAAGACUCUGGUGCCCUCAAACCGAUCAAUAUAAGUAUUAAUAUUAAAAUGAUGCUCAAGCGCAAUGAGGACACUGAGGCGACUACUAAGCCCAAAGAUAACCUCCCGACAGCUGCCGAAUUAGAAAAACGGCUCGAAGUGCUAGAACAGCAACUAAAGUUGUCCAGGUCACGACGUGAGGGUAGCAUCGACCAAUCUAAUGCUGAUGCAACGCAGGAAUUGAAGAAAUCGGUAGAGAUAUCAGAUAAAACCGUACCCAGCGAAAAGGUUAAUGUUGAAGUUGUAAAAGAAACGCCUGAAAUUAAAAAGGUUGUAAAAGAAGUGUUAAAUGAGGAAUGUAAAAAUGACAAUAAAGUUGCAGAGAAUGUAAACACUGAGAAAGUUGACAAGGAAAAGAGCCAGACAGAAGCUAACGAUCCAGAGAUUUUAAGUAAUAAGAAAGAUGAGAAAGAAAAAAGUCAGGCAAAAGCCAGCGCUUCAGAAAAUGUAAAUAAGAAUACAGAAGAUAGAGAAAAGGGUCAAGUAAAAACUGAUGCUUCAAAAGCUGAGAAGACAUUGGAGAAUCAACAAAUUGCACGCUCAAAUAAAGAAUGUAUUGAUAAUAAGGGAAAACCUAAUGAUAAAGAUACAAGCAAUACGAACUCAAUACCUCAGCAAGUUCACGAGCACAAUGACAAUAAGACACAGAGCUUGUCAAAAGAAGAAAAACCAACCGAGGUACUCGUUCGUGAGAAAGACGUACUUGCAAAGGAGGUACAGCACGAGAGCAAUAAGGAAACAGAAAAAGUUAAAGAGCACUCAGCGGUGCAACAAGAUUCCAACAAAGAAAAGCAAGAUGAUAGCAAAGUUCCAAACGAAGGAAUUGAGACUCAUGAAGCCACGAAGUGUAUAAGCGCUCCCACACAAACUGCCAUACAAGUUGGAACAUCCGAUCCCAACAAUAAAACGAUGGUAUUGUUGCUCGAUAACGAACCUAAAGCUGUUAAAGUUCGACGAUUGACACGCGCUAACACAGAGGAGUUAGAGAACCUAUUUCAGGCGCUCGAAAAACAGUUAAGUGAUCGUAAUCUUAUUAAAUCUGAGGAUGGCAAACUGAUGCGAGCUGCCGAAAAGUCGGAAGUGACGACGUCAGAAGAAUCUAAAGCGAUAACUCAACUCUCGAAGGAAAUAGAAGAUUUUACCAAAUCAGAUAAAACAGCAAAAGAAGAGGAAACAACACCCAAAAAAGCUGCUGAUGUAUCCAAAACACCGACUGAGGAUUAUGAUUGGGGAACGGACCCCGUAAAACGACAUUUGAAACGUAAAACAGCACAUCUCCCAUCAACCAAAGAGUUAGAAGCGCGUUUCAGGUCACUGGAGCGACAAAUAAAACUACUUGAAGAUGUGGAAAAAAUCGACGUCGAGCAACGUUUAAAUGAAAUUGAGCGCAAAAUCAAAAUGCAGUACUCAUUAUCGCAUGAGAAAGAUUUGACGAAGUUCUUAGAACUCUGUGAAGGCAAGAAUCUGGACGAACUGCCCGAAGCUAUAUCAGCUGCACGUGAUAGAUAUCAGCCAGACGAAGGCAGUGCUACUAGAACACCUACACCUAAGAAAGAUCGUUCACCAUACACUUCUCCUUCGCGAAAUAAAGAAAAGACACCUUACACAUCACCUGCGCACACACCGCGCGAAUCCCGAAGUCCCAAAAGACAUACCUCGCCCGGACGUGUUAGAUAUGAAGACAUAAAUGCGUCAGGUAGCAAAAGUCCCAAACGUCGUGCUUCGCCCGGACAUGUUCGAUAUGAAGAUCCAAAUAUACCAUCAACAGAGGAUCUUGAAUACCGUUUUAGAGCUUUGGAAUUGCCCAGAUCCAAAUCGAGAGAAUCGUUGAAUAGCAAAUCACAAAGAAAUGUCUCAGAUUCCAAGAAAUCACUUAUACAUCCAUUGGAAAUGUUGCUCGAUCCCAGCCCAGAUGAGGAUGCCAUACCAACAACCGGCGAACUGGAGCACCGAAUACGUGUACUGGAUGAUAAAAGAAAAACAACAUCGCCUUCUCGACGACCACGUUCACACUCGCCAACCAUUGAAGAUAUCAAAAAUAGAAAAUUAGCCGAAGAACAGCAACCGAGAACGCCAAUACAUAACCUGGAAAAGCUUGUCGCUUCACCAACUAAAAGAGAAUUACCUACCGCCGAAGAAUUAGAAGCACGUAUGCGUGCACUAGAAGAAGAGCAUUGUUUCGACUUUAAAAUGCAGAAAUCAUACCAGGAAUUCAAUCGAAAAUUAAAGGAUGCCGUGUCGCCAUCACUUUCCUUUGAAGAAUUCAAAACAUCAAAAUCACGCGAAGAAAGUCCCCGACGUGGCGAAUCUAAUCGCUCAACUACACCGAAAUCUGCGCUACGAGAUACCGCCAGCAGUUAUGAAGAUACACCAUACAGAUCCACCAGUCCCAAGGCAAUACGAUUCCGUGACGAAGAAGCUGAUUAUGUGCCUUGUAUGCCGUAUAGGCCCAAAUCGCGUACUGACAUACGUGAUGUCACUGGACGAACGACUCUUACAGAUUCAUGCAGCAGCAUAAAUGCUAUCGGACACACGACGGAAGGACUUGAUGAGUUCGGCAGUCGACUUAUGAGGGAGACUUCACCGCUACAACGUACCGGCAGUCACACCGGCGUACCGCUGCGAACAAAUGACAAUAUCAACGAGCGCUUGGAUUCCAUAAAGAAUACGAUCAAGUCCAUCGAUACGUUGUGUGAAGAGAAACCAUAUCGUAAGGAACGUUGUCAGCGUUACAUUGAUUCACUGUUUUCCGACUCGAUACACUUCGCCAGCAAGAAGACCUCGCUAGAAGAUCUCUCACGCUCAGAGAGCCGUGCGCACGAAUAUGGACCCACCAUACGUGUCUCAGAUCACAGCCAAAGGCAUUCGGACUAUUUGUAUGGACGUGCGACGGGUUCGGCGGACUCCAUACGUUCGACGAGUCCAUUGCGCGCUGCCAGUCCGUUGCAUCAUCGUUCAAAUCGGGAUAUACGACGCGAAAUUUCACCACGCCGGCGACGCGAGGAAGAUCGCGCAGAAUACGAGAGUAGGGUAAGACGUGAAAAUAUGUUGCCAAAUUAUUAUUUAUUUGAUAAUCAUAGAGAUGUAAGUAGUAGUAGUUUAAUUAAGUUUCAUAAAGUAGAUAGACAACUAGACACAUACAAAUAUGAUGAUAGAGACAGAUCAAGUUCACGAUCGGCCUCCAGAUCGCCGUUGAGAUCGCCGUAUGGAUCGAGGGAGACUAUGAUGACGACAGAAAGGAUGUUGCACGACAACACCAAAGCCAGCACACUACAACACAACACUAACACCAACCACAGCUGUCACGACAACGACCGCUACAAUACAAAAACACUAAACGAUAAAAAUUUCGAAUUGGAUUUGGACAGACAGCAAGCGUAUACAAUGCAUCAUCACACUACGGAUAAGCUGCUGGGUCUCGAUCCACUUAAACGCUCCAUCACACCCGUCUAUGCGCCCGGACGACUCGAUAUACGUCACACCACCGUAACGUCGACCUUCUACGAUCGUUUGUUGGCGGAAAAAGAGAUCGAGCGAAAAUUUUCUCGGCCAUCUAGUCGUUCGCCCAUCGUUUCACCUUCGGUCACGUCGAAAAGUUAUGUCGACUUGGCCAGUGCAAGCGCUAAGGCUCUAUAUCAAGACAAAUCUCCAACAGCUGCGGUAACAAUGCGUUUAGAUAGGUCCACUGGCUUAUCCAGCUUCUGCAAUACAGAAAAAACACAACACUAUCGUAAUUCAAUGACCGGCAGUUAUCCGAGUAGCGCUUAUAGCGCCACCAACCAGACAAACCUUUCGAACAGCAACACGACUACCCCGAAAUUUAGUACCAACACCGACACCCAUACCAACAUCACCACCAACAAUUGUACUGCUGCUACACUAAAUUCGGCCACAACAAUCACAGCUGGGGUAGGGUAUAUGAGUAACAGCACAACAACGACUACAACAACAGCAAUAACUGCAAAUACGACCGGGACGCCGACAACAACGACUGAGAUCACGACCAAUUAUCGAAUUGCUGGUCUGAGCGGUAAUACAACUAACUACACCACUAAUUUCACCUCAACACCAGCUACAGCAACAACAAUUACCAAUUUUUCCUUCUCCUCUAUGAACAUCACAAAUACGCCUAUAACUACAACAACAGCAACAGUAUCAAACUUGAAUAGCAAGCAUAGUUUCACAAUGCUGGACAGAUCAACAACAACAACAACAAUACCAACAACAACAACAUUAUAUAGUACUGAAACAACGACAAUGACGACCACAACAACAGCAAAUACUUACAAUUUGUAUAAUCUGACUACGACGAUUACGACGGCGAUGACGACAGCUAUGACCACAACAAGAACAACAACAAACACCACAGCUGUUGGCAGUGAAAACACCAACAAAUUCAUCACAAAUAAUUCGUCUCCAUCAUUUCUGUCCUACAACGCGACUAGUGGCGGCAACCCAUACACGAGUAAUACACCCCUGGGUAUGGCUCUACCAACAAUGCAACCAACUUCCGUUACAACAACAUUCGCCUCUUUGGGCCUUUACACUAGUAAUUUAAAUAGCUACAACAAUAAUAACAACAACUUUGGCAGCAACAACAGCCACUUGAAUUAGUACAACAACAGCAACACAAAAAUUUGAAUGAAGUGAAAAAAGAAACUAUUGAAGAAGACCCUUGGAGUUAACCGAGCUGCCUAAAUAUAUAAAACAAAAUAAAAAGAAACCCGAAAAAACAAGUGAUUGUAGUGUGUAGUGUAGGGAAGCAAGAAAGUGCUGAAUGCUGUGUGUCUGUAGUUGAAUUGAGAGAAAAAAUCUUGUUAACAAGUUUUUAGUGUCGGAGCAAAGUAAGAUAGAAAUUAUAUUUACAUACAUACAUACAAACAUAAACGUAGUUAUACAUACGUAUACUGUAGUGCGAAGGAACUUGUAAUCAAAUCCAGUUUCGGAAAAUCAAUAGAGCGUUUAUUUAUUUGUAGCAGUAAUAUAGGACCGAUAAUGCCGGAAUAAUUAUUGCAGUCGAAAUUGGAUAACUCAAGCGGAAAACUACAUAAAGAAUACAUGAUCCUAGAUCCUUUAUAACAACGAGCAUGUCGAAAGUUGAAACAUGAACUCUUUUUAAAGCCAAAGAGCGUUCCUACCAAUUUUUCUUGGAUAAGGAACUCAAGUCAAGUAAAGAAUAUAUAAGUACAUUUAAGAACCGUGCAGUACUUUCGAAGAAGAAUUUUCCAAAAGUAGAUUAAAGUGAUCAUAUGACACGGUAUAGCUAGGACCACAAAAUUUUUCAACGUUUCCAUGAAACUCAGACUCGGUGUUUUGUUUCCAAUGAGCAUUCUGUUGAGAUCUACCGGUAAAACGUAGCUUGGGGUCAGAACGAGUUAGAACCGAGAACAAGUUAGAAGAGGAAGGAAUUCUUGGCAUAGGUGAGAGCUUUCCAACGCGGAAAGAUAGCUGUGGUCGGAUCCGGAAAACAAAUUAGAAGAAGAUGCAAUUCUAAGCUCGAAUCAUGCAUUUUAUCUUCGUUGCCUUGAUGAAACAGUACUUUCUUCGCUUUCAAAUAAGAUCAUUUUUUGCGAUUUUCUUCAUCGAACAAUCCAAUUAUUACUGUACAACAAGAGUUUUUAUUGGCCUUUUCAAGAUAGAUUCGUUAAAAAUUAUCCCUUGUACAUGCGAAAAUAUAGUAUAAAGCCAGCAGUCUUCUAUCUUUUUUUACUUGGGGUUUGGCUCGGAUUCUUUGAUGAAUUGACUUGGGUUCUCAAAUUACCUUAAAUUAAAGUGGAGUAAAAUUAAGGGAUCACAAUGUUUCAUUCUUUCUGAUUGUUUACCAUAGAGCCGCUCCAAACAGCACUCAAAAACAUCAAUUCGUUGUUACUUGUAGUUGAUUAUGAGUGAGCUGACGUAGCUCUCACUUUAAAAAGAAUUAAACAGACAACAUCUGUCUUUGAUAACUUAAGAGUGUCAGCUAUCGGGACCAACUUCAUAUUACUUUCAUCCAAAAUCGUAGAUCCUUUUGACGUUUCUCUCAUACCAGCUCUUUUUUGUUGUCUAUUGCUUCGACGUUUUUAGUACACAUAUAAACAAGGGACUUACGAAUGCCUGCUCUCGCUGACCUUUUCCAAUAUUCUGUACGUUUCAAAACUCAUACGGCCCCUUUUUUGUUUGAGUUAUCCGAUUUCGGUUGUCAAAAGAAUAUUUGCACUUAUAAAACUCAGUAGUUUAACCCGAGUACAUGAAUAAUCGCCUUGCACGAGUUUUAGGAGAGUAACCGCUUUUUGAAAAUAUGUAGCUAGGGCAACUAUGAGUGAUACACAUAUAAACGAGAAAUGUUGGCUUGUGGCAGUGUGGGUAGUAGAGACACACGCUUAGCAUCACAUGGAAAUUUUAUACUCGACUUUAUGUCUCAAGAAAAUGAUAAUUUUACAUUUAGAAUGCAGUGUUUUACCCAAAAAUUUGUUGGCUAUGGGACAAACAUGGAUAAAUUGUACUUAAUUUUAAAGGUUUUAGAAAAUGAGCGACAGUAAUAAGUCUCUUGUUAUCAGAGGUUUCAAUAUUUAGAAGAAAUGUGUCAAUUUGAUGUACUCUUCAUAAAAUUUUAACUAAUUCUAAACAUCCUAACUUUCAUACUCGAUUUGUUUUCAAAUUUUCAACAGUGAUUUUCAUGAAUUUUUUUACCAGAAAAUCUUUUUUAUGAUAAAGUGCUUACAUAGCUGGCUGUAAUUCUUUAAAAUUCAAUUAAAUAUGUAUUACUUUGUGAACUCCAUUUAUGUAACAAAAUAUUUAAAAAAAAAUUAAAAGUAAUUAUGAAAAAUAUGAUAAUAUUUAAAGUGUACUUUUCAAAUAACUAUAUUUUAAGGAAUUCUCGGAGUUUUCCAUUGAAAUAAGCAAAAUUGAAAUGAUAAACGUUUUUAAAUUAAAUAAACUAGCAUUAUCUUAUAAAUGUUUUAGUAAUUUGCUUUUAAAUUAAAACAAAUUAAUUAAGUUUAUUUUGAUCGCUUCUUAACUUAUUCAAUCUUCGUAUCGUUUCUAAAUUGAAGCUUCAAGAUUUGCAUUUCCUCACGCUUCGAAUAUCAACGCGUAUUUCCAAGUUAAGUUGGGUUAGAUUAGUCUGGCAGGCUAAUAAGCCAAGCACCGACCAGUUUGGAAUCUCAAAAAAGUGAUUAUUCUGCAAGAUUUCAACGCUUAAAGGAAAUUUCAAUAAAAUCUCUGUCACGUUUUCGAAUGACAACCGUCACCACUCUUUGCAAUCUCAUUAAUUAUUUUAUUGCGCUUGAUGCCGUACUUCCUUUAGGAUGCCAGCGCUUAACGCGAAUUUCAUCAGAUUCUGCGGCUUCACAGCUGAUACCUCUUCCAGUGGUAUAAGACUCUAAGAGCCCCCAAAUACUUUAAACGUUGCUUUGCCAAUAGAUACUCCACUGUUUCUCUGGUAUCUUGCUCUUGAUAUUUCCAGUUUAUUUCUACCACUUUACACAUCACUUUUACAAUUUUACACCCCGAUGCAUCACUCCAUCGCAUUUUGACCUCUCUUGCCAUGAUCGGCGUAAUGAUAAUGUAAGGGUUUCCUAAUGUCGGUCACGUUUUCGUAUGACAGCCAUAGACUCUUCUGGGCAAUCUUGUUCACUGCCGUUAUAACGUAAGCCCCGCGGCUUUUCCAAUAGCAAAGACCUCUGCUCGAAGCAUACUGCAUGAAACAUAAUUUCUGGCUAUAUUAGAUCGCAUUAAUUGCGUCCCCCAUUCUCGAGAUCACGAACUUCAAUUUCAGGCUUCAAAGAGUUGGUUAGCAUGGCCAUUAGCAUGGCCGGUCGCCAUUGACGGUUAAGGUCUCACUGACAUCAUUUUUGAAGAAAUAUGGAUCGAUGAUUCCGCCGACCAACAAACCACACCAAACAGUUGUUUUUUCUGGAUAAAAUGACAGCUUUUGAAUCUCUUCAAGUUGCUGUUCGGCCCAAAUGUGGAAAUUCUAUUUAUUUACAUAUCCAUUGAGACAGAAAUAGGCCUCAUCGCUGAACAAAAUUUGGCUCGAAAAUGUCGGAUCUUCCUGGAACUCUUCAAAAGCCCAUAGAGCGAAACGAUGUCGCUUGGAAAGGUCGAGCGGCUUUAGUUCUUGCACAAGUUGUUUUUGGUACGCUUUCAAUUUAAGACCUCUACUUAAAAUGCGCCUAGUCGUUCCAUACGUCAGUACAAGUUGCCGCGAACGGCGCCGAAUCAAGUCCCCACGGUCUUCCCGUCUUCGGAAUAUUCUUCCGAAAAUUAUCCAAUAAUGAAUGCUGCGUCUCGAGAUGGGUGAUGGUGUUGCGAAUAGUACUCCCAGUAGGUCGAUUAUGUAGACCAUAAGUUGAGAGAAACGCACGAAACUCAUUUUUUACAGAACGUGAAUUUUCAUAAUAAAAUUGAACGAUUAGUAAACAUUGUUCAGGUGUAAAUCUUUUCAUGUAGAAAUGCUUUCGCUUUGAUCAAAAAAGAAAAAAUAGUUUACUACAAUUUCGUUCCUUUACUUCUUUUGUAAUGCGGUUGGCUGAAGAACUAAUGGUUCGUGACGUCGUGAAAGAACAGAAAAGAAGGUUUAGUUUACAAAUAAUUUAGUCCACAGUUCCAUAUUCGAAAGAAUAAGAAAACGCCAAAAAAGUGACACUUUCAAAUGGGGAUGACGAUCGUUGAUAUUCGUUGGUGUUAAGAAACGCAGAGUUUGCAGUUCAAUUUUUUAUUGAAAUAUUUUCUUUGAAAAAAUAUUAUUUCUUUAGUGAAAACGAUUUCAAAUCUUUAAACUAUUAAUUUUUAAAUUGUUUACAUAACAGGAAGAAAAAUGCACUCAACAAAGGUGCUGAAAAGGUUCGUCAUUCUCAUGCGAUUCCUUCUUCGAUCUAGAAACUAGCAAACUUGUAUAUUAAAUUAUUGAAAAGAGAACCAUUAUGAACGCGGCUAUAGAAUUUCACGCUGAAUAAAUAGAAAACUACACACACACACACUUCUGAAGCCCUAAAAUUAUACUGACAAUUAUAAAGCAAUAAUGAUAGAAAUAUUUAAAAAUCGAGGAGUUACAGUUAGCAGUCGAGAAACAGCAAUAAGUUAGUCUAAUUAUAUAGACAGUUAAGUACUAGAUAAUCGCGCACCAACAUUACUCUACUUCUUCACCCUCCAAAACUUCUUUAACUGCACGCAUUUUAGCACUCAUAUACAUAGCAAACAUAUAACUGUAUUUACAUAUAUAAUAGUAAACAUAUAUAAAUGAUUUAAAAUCAAUAAAGUUUUUCGAAAUUUUGCACCUGAAAACUGGUUGGGCCUAGAAGCAUAGCACCACUUGCAACAUACCUCAUAUAUUCAUACAUACAAGCAUACAUACAUACACAUGUAUAUGCUUAGUGAGCAACUUACUUGCGAAUAGCUAUAGAAAAUACUAUACCAAAAUAAAAUAGCACUAAAAAUAAAUUUUAAGCAAUCUAACUACUAAUACUACACACUUAAAAAAAUUAAUAUUCAAAUAAAUUUCUUAGAACUCUUACUUGCCUUUCUCGCUCGGUAUUUACUCGUAAUGUAAUGCGUUUGAAGUUUCCUGUUAUACACAAAUACUCGUACCAACACACUUACAUAGUUCAGUGGUUUUUUGAAGGUCUCGCAAAGCGCCUAUCUAACUACUAACUGAAAGUAUUUAAAAUUUAUAAAAAAAUACUUUAAUAAUGUGUUUUGCGAAUAUUUAAAAAAAAUGCUCAACUUCAGUAACCAAAUACAGCAUUCAAUUCCGAAAUAUUGUUCAAAGACCCAAUUAAAUGUUAAUGACUGAAUUUCCAUAUAUAUGUAGUAAUUAUAGAACAAAUUACAAUAACAAAAACGCAUAUAUAUAUAUUAUAUAUUAUAUUAAAUUAUUAAUUAGUUAAAUAUUUUGGACAUAAUGUGAAAUUUACAAAUAGUAAUGAGAUAUUUAUAAUUACAGUUAUGAAAUGAAAAAAAAAAUAUUUAAUCAAACAUACAGAAAGCUUCGUUUCGAAUAAUAUAUAUGAGCGAUAAGCUGGACAAAUGUCAAAAUUCCAAAAGAAAAAUUGAAAAAUAUAUACAUAAACAAACUAAAAAAAUACAUAAAAAUAAACUUAAAAAAUAUAUAAAUAAAUAUCAAAAAAAACUAAAAAUUAUUUAAAUAAAUAUCAAAAAAUUAAAAAAUAUAUAAGUAUAUAUAAUAAAUAAAAAAAAUAAUAAUAAAUAAAAAUUAAAAAUAUACAAACAACAAAAAUCGAAGCAAAUUCACUACAACAAAAAAAUUUUAUUAUAUACAAUAAUAAUAUUUUGCGCGUGUGUGAGUAUUAGUGCAAUGCAAGUAGGUAUAUUAAAUAUACAAAAGCAAAAUUUUAGUUAAAUUUAAGCAGCAACAGAUGAAAAAUAUAUUUAUAGCAUAAAAAUAUUGAAAUAAAUAUAUAAAUCUAUGUAUAAUGAAGUUUGCUUAAGUUAAUUAAAUUGUUUUAAUGUUAACAAAAAAAAAACGCGGUGAAAAAAUAUAUAUAGAAAUGCAUAUGUUGUUAAUUUAUAUGUAAAUUGAAAUUACUAUUUUUCAUAUGUUUUUCAUAAUUCAAAUUAAUUUAUAAAACAAAAAAAUAAUUAUGUAUCAUACUAUAAACUAUUGCAACAAUUAAAGUUAAAAACGUGCCAUUUUCCGAAUAUUUAAUAGCCCUGCUAUGCUAUGUUAUGUAUGUGUAUGCACCAUGUUGUAUAGUUAUAUAAAUUUAUUUUGUUAUUUAGUUUGUGUAAUUUGUUUAUCUUAUUCGUUUAAGGCAUUAAGAAUAAUUAUAUCGAUAAUAAUAACAAAGAAAGCCAAUAAAAGCGCAUUAAAUAAAAAUUAUUAAACAAA